GUCGCAGCUCGCGGGUGCAGCGGUUGGCGUUGGAGCGAGCCUCGGUGAGGCGCUUGUCUCGAUCCAGCAUCGGAGGACUAACAAACUGGGCAGUGCCUUUGAGCAGCCGGGCGGCCGACUCGAUGAUGUUUGCCAUUGUAGCGUUGGUUGGAGUCCUGAGGUUGCGAAAGCAAUCGAGAGGGUGCAGCUUGGUCAAAGGGGCAGGCCCAAAAAACAGCGAGCGCAAGGGCGUGUCAAUGGCCACGGACGCUGCUGGCUCGCCGGGCCACAGCCUCUCCCCUCAUCGCCUGCUCAGCACCGCCCGUCUCCCUCACAUCCGCACCGGCAGCACCGAUCCUGCAGCCAUGGCCCAGCGUGUGCCGACUUCUGACCUGAUAUUCAGCCUCGACGAUGGUCUUGGACCGAACAGCGCCGCAGUCUGGGCCGUGGACUCACAGCCCGGACCAUCGUCUUCUCAACAGAUGGAGCCCGCCAGCGGCCUGGGCUUUCCACCUUCCACAAGCAACGAUCAACUCGACUUUGGAAAUCCCUUGCAUCCAGCCCAGCAUGUCCAAGAUACCGCAGCCGACAGCGAUAUCGGCUUGCUGCAGCCUUCCUUCAAGCGAAAAUCUCGACUGGAGGCGCCGGGAGGACACUCAAUAUCCCAGGCGAGCCAUGGUCAUCGGACACAGCCCGAAGACGGCAAUUCCGUCCACAAUCCAUUCGCCGCUGCUGGCUCGCUCCUCAGCGAAGAGAACCGAGCUCUUCUUCUUGGCAGUAAGGACCUCGAAGAAUACGAAUGGGAUGAGUACAACGGAAGUCGCCGAGUGGCCUAUACCGACUUUACGACGAUAGACUGGAUCCAUGAUCUCAACAAAGAGCGUCGCAGAAUGAAGCAGCUUCACGGGCUCCGAAGUCUUCGUGGCAAGCUGCAUUUGGCCUGGGAUCGGGCGCAGGGCUGGAUCAUUGUAUUUUUGGUCGGAAUCACGACUGGAUGGCUCGCCGGUUUGAUCGACGUCUGCACUGGCUGGCUCAACGAUAUCAAGGAGGGCUACUGUACUGCUGGAUUCUACCUGAAUCGCAAGUUUUGUUGCUGGCACAUUGGCGAAAACGCCGUCUGCGACGAGUGGCUUACAUGGAAUGCAGCAGCACGAUCACAGUCCAGCUUCGGGGGCUGGAUGGCCGGAUGCAUCCUCUUUAUUGCUUGGGCAGCACUCUUUGCCGGCGUAUGCUCGGUGCUCGUGAAAACUUAUGCUCCGUACGCAGCAGGCUCCGGUAUUCCAGAGGUUAAAACCAUUCUGGGCGGAUUUGUCAUCAAGCAGUUCCUGGGACUGAGAACUCUUGCGAUCAAAUGCAUCGGGCUGCCGUUAUCGGUGGGCUCCGGCCUGUCUCUUGGCGUUGAGGGCCCUUUGGUUCACAUAUCUUGCUGCCUCGGACACAUUUUCAGUCGCCUCUUCAACACUUACGCCGAAAACGGCGCCAAACAACGGGAAGUUCUGAGUGCUGCGGUUGCAGCAGGCAUCUCUGUGUCGUUUGGGACUCCAAUAGGCGGCGUUUUGUUUAGCCUUGAAGAGAUAUCGUCGUACUUUCCAUACCAGACUAUGUGGCGGUCCUUCUUUUGUGCGAUGGUGGCGGCGAUAUCGCUGCAGCUUAUGAAUCCCUUCCGAACUGGAAAACUGGUUCCUUUCCAAGUCACCUAUAAUCGAGAUUGGCACGGAUUCGAGCUCAUUUUCUUUGCCAUUCUUGGCAUAUUGGGCGGCAUUUUCGGCGCGCUAUUCAUAAAGAUUAACCUUCGCUUCGAGGCCAUACGGCGGAACUCGGUCUUGACCAGCUGGCCGAUCGCCGAAGUGACGUUAAUGAGUCUGAUAACCUCGGUGGUGUGCUACGCACACAUCUAUCUUCGGGUCAACACCGUCGAGUUUUUAUCCAAUCUCUUUCGGGAGUGCAAAGAAGUCGACAGUGACUUCCAUGGCCUCUGCAUCGAGAGCUUCACUGGAUCCACGGUGAUACUGCUACUGGUUGCAGCAGCCAUCAAGAUUGCCCUGACGAUCGUGACUUUUGGCAUGAAGGUGCCCGGUGGGAUUCUUGUCCCAACCAUGGCCAUCGGCGCCUGUGUAGGACGGGCCCUGGGCAUCAUUGUCCAGUCUAUGCAGAGGUCCUAUCCCGAUCUAUUUUUCUUUGCGGAGUGCUCUUCAUCUUCGGAGUGCGUGACUCCUGGUAUCUACGCCGUUAUCGGUGCCGCUGCUGCACUGUCUGGUGUUACGCGAAUGACGGUUUCGCUCACAGUCAUCAUGUUCGAGUUGACAGGAGCCCUCUCGUUUGUGCUUCCGAUCAUGAUCACAAUCAUGAUAAGCAAAUGGGUUGCCAACGCUUAUGACAAGGAGGGCAUUUACGACGGGCUUAUCCGGCUCUACGGAUAUCCAUUCCUGGACUCUCGGGAAGAAUACAAGCUCGGAACAGUCGUGACUGAGGUUAUGGCUCCGGUGGAAGAGCUGGAGACGAUCAGUGCAAAUGGAGAGACAAUCGAGGGCCUUGACCAUUUACUGCAGUCAACGGACUUCAAGGGAUAUCCCAUCGUGAACUCCAAACAAGAGCUGGUCCUUGUCGGAUUCGUCGGCCGAGCCGAGCUCCGUUUCGCACUCGACCGCGCUCGCAAUAAGCCUGGUGUUACCAACGAUACGAUCUGCUGCUUCUCCGAGUCGUGGCCCUAUACCGACUGCCCCGAGUUUCUGGACAUGCGCCCGUGGAUUGAUCAGACCCCCAUGUCGGUGCCGCCCCAAUUUCCCAUCGAGCUCGUCGUGGAGCUGUUCAAGAAGAUGGGUCUCCGCUAUCUGGUGGUCACUAAGCACGGCCGGCUCCAUGGCUUCUUGACCAAGAAGGAUGUCAUUCGUCAUGUCGCAAUCAUGAACCACCCCAAUAUGGCCCCUACAGCGGACUCGUGAGUGGCCCCCCCGCUUCGCCCCAGCCACAAAAAGACCAGUAUAAAUGAAUUUCGCUUGAUAGACA